AUGUCGAAGGAGGAGGAGUCGAAGAGUCGAGACGGCGAGGGCAAGGACGAGGGCAAGGACGGCGAGGAGAAGGACGGCGCGCCCUUCGACGACGAGGCAGAGAUCAAACUCAUCCUGCUCGGCGACUCCGCCGUCGGCAAGACGAAGAUGGUCGAGCGCUUCCUCAUGGACGAGUACAACCCGCAGCAGGCGCACGCGCGCGCGCGCGCGCAGCUCUCGACGUACGCGCUGACGCUCUUCCGCAAAGUCGUCGACAUCGACGACCGCAAGGUCUCCGUCGACAUCUGGGACACCGCGGGCCAGGAGCGCUUCAACAAGAUGCACCCCGCGUACUACCACCGCGCGCACGCCUGCAUCCUCUGCUUCGACGUCACGCGCAAGGCGACCUACCAGCACCUCUCGGACUGGCGCGGCCCGCCGCGCGCGCGCGACGCGCGGCCUCGGCGGCGCGAAAGGCGCGGCCGCCCGCAGAACAUCCCCUGCAUCCUCGUCGCCAACAAAAUCGACAUCGACUACCAGGUCACGCGGAAGAACUUCAAGUUCGCGUCGUCGAAGGGCAUCCCCUUCUACUUUGUUUCCGCCGCCGACGGCACGAACGUCGUCAAGGUCUUCCGCGCCGCCAUCGAGGCCGCGCUCGACUGGAAGAAGAACGGCGAGGACUUCAUGACCGAGGCCCUGAGACUGGUCGAGGGGCCCUGA